UUGGUGCUGGAGGGAGAUGGGGUCGUCAGCCCUUGCUUGGGCGAGGUCGGUCUGAUCCAUGGAUAGUCUCGCGAGUGACAGGUUGGUGAUUCAGUCGGAGUGGGGGCGAGUGAAGUUGCUGUGAAAUGUUGUUUUGAAUCGAAAGGAGAGGAGGGGGGAGAUGAAAGGCCAAAGGGGAGAAAGGAGCGACUUAUAUGUCACUGGUAUGGGUGUGUUCGUUGUUGGGCAGAUUUCUCUGUGUGUACCGUAUGCACCGUCUGAACAUGUUGGUAGGGUUUCUCUGUCCGUCUCUUUUCGGAAGGGGAGGGGGGAUAUUUCACUCAAGUGGCGACUGGCGCGAGGUCAGAAUGAUGGAUCAGGUGGCUUACAUGCUGCAUUGCAUUAGCUCCAUUUUGCACAGACCAAAACAAAAAUAUGGGAGUAUGGCGAUUA